AUGGUUAGUGUAGCUGUGACCGUCCAGCAGCCGGCCAGGUCAGCGCCGGCCAAGGAGGUCGCAAGCUGCAGUGGCCGGCAAACGUAUCACGAUGAUAUGGCAAAGGUCCUCUUCACCGAAGCUGCCAUCAGCAAUCGGGUCGCUGAGCUUGGCCGACAAAUAGCGCAAGAUUAUCAUGGAAAGGCACCGCUGGUUUUGGGGGUUCUGAAGGGCAGCUUUAUGUUUUUCAGCGACCUCGUCAGGGCCAUCGAGCCUUGCCCCCGCGGUCUUACUCUCGACUUUAUUCGCGCCUCAAGUUAUGGCUCCGGAACGGAGUCCACCGGCGAGGUCAAGCUGAAGACCGACCUCAAGCGGGAGAAGGUGGAGGGGCGGCAUGUGCUGCUGGUGGAGGACAUUGUCGACACGGCCCUCACCAUCACCACCGUGAGCCGCUACCUGUUGGAGGAGUGUGGUGCGACCUCCGUAGCCACUGCCACACUGCUCGAUAAGCACGAGCGGAGAAAAUUAUCUUACCGGCCCGAGUAUGUGGGCUUUGUGUGCCCGAAUGAAUUCGUCGUUGGGUAUGGUCUGGACUUUGACGAGGAGUACCGUACGUUGCCGUACAUUGGCGUACUCAAGCCGGAGUGCUACAGCCAUCUCGGGAUUGAGGCGCCGGAGCCGGAUGGAUCCGGGGACAGCUGUGACGAGUGAGAGUGUGUGCGGGUAUGUAUGUAUGUAUGUUGGGAGGGAAGGGGGAAAGGGGCGGAUAUGAGGGGUAAUCCCCCCGUCUGAGUUUGUGUCCGUGUGCUCGGUGUGUAUGUGUGCUGCUGGGACAGCUCUCCGCGGGUGCAUGGAGCUGCGGUGUGUAACGGCAAGGUGCGUCGGGGGAAUGAAACACAACAUACGCAUUGAUGACUCUAUACUACUGGAUAGCCUUUGCUGCAGGGCUUUGCUAGCAUCGUUCUACGUAAUCCUCCAUACGUCAUUCCCGCCGUUUCCUGCUUCUGAGAUGGGACAUUUUUGCAUGUCUUGACGGUUUGGGCGGAUGAUGAUGUUUUCCUCCUUCUCGUCUCUCGGUCAGUAGAUGAGUAGAAAUGAGUAAAAUGUAAUUCAUAUGUGUGCCUGGCGUGUACCUGUGCCUGUGUGUAUGCCACAACACAUUUAUUUGCAUGUGCCGGGUGUGGUGUGAUGUGGGGGAAGACGAACCCCACGAACGAGUGAAGCUGACGCCAAGGAUACGCUGAUACACCGGAAGUAUGUAAGAUCUCAGUUUCU